AUGAAGUCUGAGAUCUUAAGCGGCGUGUCACUGUGCUCGCCUGCACCGAAUGUCAUUUUGCUGGCGGUGCCACUCGACACGUCGUUCACCGAGGAACAAAGGCGAGUCACCGAGGAGAACAUGAGGCUGCUCGGACACAGAGUGUGGAGACACGUAAUCGUGCUGUUUACUUCCGGGGACGUUCAGGGGAAGAAAACAAUCGAGCAGCACAUUGAAAGUGAAGGAAUGCCGCUCCGCUGGCUCAUUGAGAAAUGUGGACACAGGUAUCACGUGCUGGACAACAGGAGCAGAGCUGAUGAUCAGGUUACAGAGCUGCUGAAGAGGAUGGAGGAGAUGGUUGCGGGAAACAGCAGUUUCUACCUGAGUGAGACACAUGAUGAUCCACAAGCUGAGAGAGACGGAGGCGACAGAUUUAGUGAGAAAAAUGAUGAGAACACAGCCAAAGAGAUCAGAGAGCAUCUCAACAUCGAGUGGAAUCGCAAGAACUGGGAAAAGUACCGCAUCAUGAAAGGAAACGAAAGUAUGGAGAUACCACUAACCUUUAAAAAAGACACAGAGAUGUCUGAGGAUCCAGCGAGAGACAAAGGAGCGACAGGGCACCGACAUGAAGAUGACCAGCCGUCAGUAAAAUCCGGCGCUGGUCUAGAAGUUGAAAGUGAAGAUGAUACAUGUUCUGGCUCUCUGAAGAACAUGAAGGAAUUGCUGGAGAGAGAGUGGAGCAGAAAGGAGGCUUCGAUGGAGUUUCACCAUGAGCUCUGUGCAGACAAGGGAGACGAUGAACCGGAUACUGAUCAGCUGCAGAAAUCCAGAGAUAAAGUGCUGGCAUGGCUGAAAAUCCACCAUACAACAUCAGGGUGCAAGGCAGAGAAAGAGAAUAAAGGAACUAACUGGAGGGAUGGCAACAAGGAAGAGGAAAUCAUCUAA